AUGGACAGCUGGACUCUCCAGGGGGACAGCUACUCCUUCCUGCGAAGUGCCCCCCGUACCUUUUCCCUUUGCCAUCGUGACGGCACCCCCAACCACGUUGAAAUAUUCGACAUUAUCAACAUCCCCUCUCAGCGCAGUGCCAUCUCUGAGACCACCUGCCUGUGUGACAUUUUUGGAGACGACUGUGAGUCGGCGUCUCUGUCGAGCAGCCCCGCUGUAGGGCCAUUUGUCCCUUCCCAGAGGGAGGUGGAUGGGACGGCUGCUGGUUCACCUCUGGUAGACGAUCUGAACGAUUCUUCAGGCUCUUACCACACUGCACAGGGUUCCAGUGAAGGUGAGGAAGGUUUUGAAGAUUCAGGAGAAAAGUUUUACAGUCCCCCACUGCAGAGGCUGUUGGAGGCCAAGAGGCUGAGCUCUAGAUGUCCAGAAGUUUCUGAAGACAGCAGCCCAAAUUCAGAACCAAAAAGCAAAUCACCAGUAGCUCAGCUUAAUACAGCCAGCCCUUCUUCUCAAAACCUCAGCACUGGUGAGAGGACCCCCUCUCCUGAACAUAACAGCUCCUAUAGCUUCAGUACACAGGGAAGACUAUCAUCUUUGUCCUCCUCCUCCUCCUCAGCUGAAAGAAGACCUUCAUCAUCCUCACCUGAUCCAAAACAAACACAUUCAGAAGCUGAACCAAUAAGAACAACUUCUUCAUUCAAAGACAGGAACGACAGCCCCUCACAUCAGUCUCUAACUCCAAGUCCCAGAAACUCGAUCAGCCCAUCCUGCUGUGAAUCAGUGAACCCUCAGUUUUUGCCUGAGUUCAGAGUAGCACAAGACACACCUGAGCCAAGAGCCACCAACUUAAAUCAAAACAGCAGUCCAUCAGCUGAGCUCCCAUUCAAAGACUUUUCUCAGGAUUUUACAGAAUCAGCUUUUGAAUCAAGAACCACUCAUUCAUCUCCUUUGCCUUCACCCACAUUAUCUCAUUCAAGAGAAAAAUCAGUCUCCCCUGAGCUUAGUCAUAGGUCCUCUUGCUCUGACACUCAAGCUUCAUCUCCUUUGCCUGAGCUAAGAGGGAGGAUCUCUCUACCUGAUCUCUUUAGCAGAGGCUCUACGCCUGAAAUUAAAGAUUCUCCCCACACAUCAGAUCCUUCUACUGCGGAAAGAGACACCACAGCUACUCCUGAAAGCCAAAGGUUAUCAGUUGAACCAGGUAGUUCUGUUUCCGCUCCUGCGCCACGAUACACCCCUCCCUCACCUGUCAUUUCAAAAACAUCAUCACCUGAGCUUAUACGGGGUGCUGUCUCACCUGAUUUGACAAACACAGCUCCCUCACCUGGCCUGCUCAGCGCUGCCUGCCUGACCAAACCUGGGUCCAGAACUUCCUCUCCUGAACACUCAGCAAAAUUAAGACAGGUGUGUUCACCUGCUGUGAGUUGUAGUUUAUCUCCUUCACCUGGAUUGAGGGACAGCUGCUCUCCCAUUGAGCACAGAUAUACUUCCCCCUCACCUGAAAUCAGGAUUACAGCAUCCUCUCCUGAGGUGGGUAGAAGAGAGCAAUCUUCUGAAGUGGAAAUAAUAUCAGCCUCUCCUCUCCUGGAGCCUCUCUUUGACCCUUCCUCAUCAAGAAGCCUCACUUCCUCCCCUCAUAUCACAGGAAUUUCUUAUUCUAUUGUUCAGCCCGAGGACAGGUACAGUCCCCCAUUUCCUGAACUUUCUUGUCCCCCCAUCCCAGAGACAGCUAAUACACACAUCUCCUCUGAAGAAAGGAGCCUCACCACAAGCAGAGACGAUAUAGCAGAGUCCACUGGCUGCUUCAGAAACUCUGCUUCAGAACCUGAAAUAACUCUCCAACAUCAUCCCAGGUACCAAACGCCUUCACCUCAGCCAACUUAUCAAACUGCUUCACCUGAACCAAGAUUUCAAAGCCUCUCAUCCAGUAGGUCUCAAAGUCCUUCACCUCAGCACAAAAGUAGAGAUCCAUCACCUGUUGCCCCUGCACCGAGGUAUCAGCUUUCCCUUGCGAGAAAUACUCCUGGGGGUGAUAGAGAUUCUUCUUCAGUUGAUAUCACAGAAACACAGUCUCCCACAUACCUGACAAAAGACAGGGUGUCACCCUCAUUUAAAACAAUCACAAGGGACAAAUCUCCACCUUUUGUUGCUGCAAUCAAAGGCAGUUCACCAGUUCAUUCGCCUUUAUCUACUUUAUCUAUUUUACCAGACAAAAAGGUGGAUUGCUCACUAAAACAGCAACGAGAAGAGAGAGAAGAAACACCAGAGGAAGUAAAUAUACAGGAUAAGUCGGGUCUAGCUUCCUUCCCUGAGGAAAAACAGGACAUUCAUCCCCUAUUUUUUCAGAGACAAGACACUCAUAAUAAUCCCCCUUCUGAAAUCAAGUGUCCGUCCCCUAAUCUUCUAGUCUUUAAGGACAGGAGUCCAAACAUCUCACCUGUUCAGGGAGCUACAUCAAAUUCACCAGUGCAGAGAUUGGAUAACCCUCAGCCUCGGUUUACUACUUAUUCCCCAACGUCUGACAGCAGUAGCUCUUUAAAAUCCGCUUGUACAUCUGAGAACUCGAAAAGACAGCUGUUAACCAAAGUUAGACGUGAAAACAGAGAGAGGUUAACGGAGGACAUGUCCCACCAUGUAAACAGAAGGCGGACUCCCUCUCCGCCACUCACCAGGUUUACACCUGUCCACAUCAUAGCCCCCGAGAAACCUUACAGACAGUGGCAGAACAGAAGCCGCAGUCCCACUCAGGUUGGCGCAUCCACACCUAGAGGCAAUUUAAAGAAAUCGGUGACAAAUAGGGAAAGCCCCGACAAUAAUAGCCAGGCCCAAUGGGCCAGCCUAGGAAGGCAACUGGAAACGGAGAGGGGAAUGCCACUGGAGCAAGAGAGAAAGGUGGCCAGAGAGAGGCAAAAGGAUAGGGAGAUGGAAAGAAACAGGAAGAGGGAGGAGCAGGUUCCUGAAAGGGAGGCGGGGUGGCAGGGGGACACCAGUUACAGAGGGGAACAGGUUGAGCUGUCAUUCAGUGCCAGGAAUAGAAAAGGACCUGCGAGUCGCGGUGCAGCUCCCACAAGCAGAGAGACCCGUCAAGGGCUGCCAACAGUGCAUUCCUAUUCAGACAGCUCGUCUGCCACAAGACAGCUACAGCAACAACAGAGCCUGCAUAGACUUGCUUCUCAACAAGACACCAGGGGUUGUGCUGCCAGUAGACGACCUCGACCCCCUGCACCCCAAACCAAGAACAGUGCUCCUGGACGUGUGGCCUCAAACAGGCCCGGUCGGAGUUCCAGCUCCAGCAUGGGAAGUGAACUGGACGAGGCAGACAAUGAGGUGAAGUGGUUUACAGAUGUGGCUUUCCGCAGCCUGUCAAGCCCUGAGAUAGAUUACCUCGACAUGUACAACUCGAGCCACCGUUCAUCCACAAACAUCUCUCAGCCAUCUACCCAAGAGAGCCCAGCUGGGAUCAGUGCUGCCUGGCAGGCCUAUGCUGACUUCAGAGGUUCCGCGCCAAAGUUGGACCAUGAUGAUCUCUCUUCCCAGCAACCAUCUGCUUACUUCUCAGAUGGCCUAGAUGCAUCUAGGCGCUAUGAACUGGGCAGCUUUGAAUGUGUAGAUGUGGCUGUGGAAAGGGAGGACUCCAGGAAGUUGAGAAGAGGAGUCCCAAAGAGGCAGAUCCAGCUGAAAAAGAGGAAUAAUGCUGAAGGGAAGCAGGAUGAAAGCAGUGAAAACAGCAGUCCUGGGCUAGCAGGAAUUGUGGAAAGCAGCUCCCAGGAGGCUCAGUCAAGAGGGACCUUUGUGAGGCAACACAGCACACCAGCAGCAAUGCAAGAAUGCUACCCCUCUGAGCACAGCCCUGAGCCCCAACUAACAAAUGCAAGAAAAUCCCAACUCCAGAAAUCUGCUUCUAUGGAUGAAACAUGCACUAAAACCCAGAUGGCUACUUGCCUGAUCAAGAAUGUGUUGUCCAAGAAGAUGCAAAUUGCUGAUAAACAACCUGAUGAAUGUGUGAGCCCGGCAUCUGAGAAAAGCACUCCAGCUGAGAGUGAUGCAGCACCACUUAAAGAAUCCCCAAAACCAGACACACAUGAUCUAAGCUCCAGUUUUCAGUCAGAUUAUAGUCUUUCAUCUGAGAGCCUUCCUGUGAGAGGGGAACCAAGCACUAAGGAUGAAGCUAAACCACCCAAAAGUUUUGGAGUGAGAUCCAGUAACAGGCCGAGUUCAUCCAGCAGCUGCAGAAGUGUUACCUUUUCACUGACUGACAGUGAAGAGGCUGAUUCUCAAAGCAGGAAUGCAGCGCUGUCAAGAUCUGAAAUGAGAUCAGAUCUGAAGGUGCCAUUUGAUAGCAAGCAGUGCAGAACUGGAGAACAACAAGCAGACGACAGCAAAACAUACAAAGGGAAGGGUGGUGACUCAGCAAAUGCCGCAGAAGCUCCUUCUGUCAGCGCAGCCCACGAUAUACAGGUCAGGACGACAGACAGAGAGCGGGAAUGUGAAAGCGGGGAGGAACCUAAACAAUUUCAACAGGAUGACAGCGGCGCCUUCAUGUCUAACACACAAGAGAUCACACUGAAAGCUGUGGGGAAAAAGAAAGCCUCCUUAAACGUAUGUCUCACACCUGAAGCAGAAAACAAACCAGAGGCUAUUUCACCAGAUGUGUUUUUUAGAGAAAACAUUGAUGAAAAAACAGAAGAAGACGGAAAUGAGAAUAGCAAAGUUAAGGCCCCACUUCACAAAGUUAGAGAUGUGAGGCGGCUCGUGAAAAAUACUUAUAAUCUGUCCUUCAAAGCCGCUAGCACUGAAGAAAGCAUGGGAACAUCUGAUGAAAAACCUAAAGAAGACAUCAUAGCAGCAGAGGAGAUGGAUUUAAGACAAGAGAUAAGGAGGGACGAGAGGAGGGAGGAAAGAGAAGAGGAGUUCAGGGUGGAGAGGAUGGAGGAACAGAAGGAGGAGGUAAAAGAUUCAAAAAUGUUAACAUUAUCUCCACCACCUCACAGCAAAGGAAAGUCUCUGUCUGGUCCACAACCAAUGCAAAUAGAAUACAAAGCUGUUUGCUUAAAAGAAGACAAAACUAAAACUUCAUGCAUCAAAAAAGACCCAGAAAACCCCAGUGACAAACCCCAGGUUUCUUCAAAGCCUGUCGACGUGGUAAGCGGGGAAUCACAGUCUUUGAAUGCACCGAAUAACACAACAGCAGACACAGAAAUAUCCAAACUGUCUGAGUGUGAUGUAAACAUUACAGCAGAAACACAAGAGAUGCUGGCAGAAAUCCGUGAAGUUCCAGACAGUGAGGAUAAACCUGUGGUGAUAAGAACAGACAGAAAACAUCACACACUUGGAAACCUCCCUAAAAUGCACAGUAAGGAAAGAGAGGUGUCCACUGCCGUAGUGUUAAUAAGGGAAGGACCGAGCAAGGCCAGGACAUCUGCAUCUCCAGCCCAGGAGCUGGAGAUCCCAACCCCAAUCCAAGCUCCAGCUGCUUCACUUUCACCUAAGCCCACUACUGCUGGCAGUGCCCCUGGUAGUGGUGGCCACUCAGUUUCCAUGCUAUUAAAGGAGAAAGGCUACCAAGCUGACAUUGGAGCGGUUGUGGGUGACAGCCAGAAUGUAUCUGGAGUUAAAGGAGUACCCCGGAAGCAUGUGAACUCUCUGGAGAUUCCCCUUCAGAACAUCACUCCUUUUGACAGAAGUUGGACUGAGUCUCACAGAGAGAGGACAUUCUCCUCCUCAUCUACCACUUCUGGUCCCUCAGCAGUGUCUGAGAACACAGAUGCAACCACAAAGACCAGAGAAGAUGAGGGAGGUAGCAUUAAGCCUACAGAAAAAGACACUGCAAAAAUUAGGAGUUUUUCUCCGGUAAUGAAUACACGGGAACAAGCUUCACCUCCUACCAAACAGAAAGAUGUGGGAGAUUUUGAAGCUGUGAAAAGACUAGAUCCUACUUUCCCCCCAAGGUCACCUGCAAUAAGGAGAUUCAAACCACAGCCAAUUCAGGUGAAAUCACUGUCUAAAGAACCACAGAAAAAAGACAUCCCCGCAAACUCCACUGGAAACAGCAGGCCUCAAAGCAUUGAAGUAAAAUCUAUAGCUAAAAAUUCUCAAAAGCCAGCCGUGCCUCCAAAGCCAAGCUGCAAAUUCAAACCUGCAGAUUUAGGUGGAACAUCAAAUGAAGCACAGAGAUCAGCAGCAGCAUCGACUGUAAAACAGCAAAGUGAGGAGAGAACUCAAACAAUUGUGGUCAGCUCGCCGACAAUCUACAGGAAGAUUUCCACUGACUCCACUUCAACAUCUAACUUUUCAAGAAAACUAGCUGUGUCUGCCGUAUCCAGCCUCAAACCUCUACCCAGCAAAACAGCUUCAACCACCAGCUCCAGCCUCUCAAACCAGUCAGCGGAACCUCCAGACACAGAGGUUACUAAUGACAGAGAACAGACACAACAACCAGCUGCCUCUCCUCAGAGCUCCAGGUGUGCACAGACAGCUUUAACCUCAGCUACAGUUCCACCAUCAGCCACUAGCUCAGGUCUCACCUCGGCUCCAGGUUCGGUUUCUGACCCGAUAGCAAGCCAAAUUACUGGACCUGCCUCGACUGGAGUCAGCCUGCCAAGCCAGCCGGCUGUUAUGGAUCCCGAUAGCCAGCUGCAGUAUCCCAGGGCAGCAAACACUCAUGAACAAGCUGUGCCACUAACUUCAAACAAAACAAAACAACCCGCUGCCUUUCCCACAACACAAGUGCCAAGAUAUACACGCCAGCAAUGCCACAGAUCACUGUCCAGUGAGCACACCCAAAGGACAGAUGACCUGCGUUUUUAUGCCUCUGAUGACCCUCCAAGCUAUGAUGAACGAGAGAGCUUCAGUCCACUGACGCUCCCGGAUUUGACACCCUUGAGGUCAAAUCGCUUUCAACCCUCCUCCCGUCCUCCUGCCUGCCCUUGCACAGCUGGCUGCCCCACUUACGCUGGUCUCCCUCCUCCUCACCAUCAUCGGAGCCCCCGUAACCUCACCCCACCUGCCCCUACGCACUCUCCGGGCCAGGCUCUACCUUUUGCAGUGACACAGCCUCCUCUUCGUCCCCAUCAGUGCAGACUUGAUGCUCAGCCAAUGAGCUACCAGCCGGGCUCUCCCAAAUCAAGUCCUUUUGGUCCAAGCCAGCAGCCGACCAUGUACCAACCUCUCCACCAGCCUGCUCCCUGCCCUCCCCACCCCUCACUCAUGCAGGCCUGCCCUGGGGACCGCCCAUUACCGCCACCCCAGCAUAUCGACCCUCGGAGGCCUCCUGUCCACAGAUCCCCCCACCAGCAGCCACCAGGCAUAACCGGGGCUCCUUACAGUGAUCCUAGCCACAGCCACUCCCCUGGCCUUCCUCCUAUGGAUCCUCAGUUCCUAUGUGGUACCCAAAGCAUGGCAGGGCCUUCCUAUGGCUCUGAAUAUGGGGGUGACAGCUCCAGUUUGUACUCAGAAAGUAGCUAUGGGCAGACACCUCGCAGAGUGCUCCUGGAUCCUGAAACAGGGAAGUACUUUUAUAUUGAGGUGGCUGUUCAGCCUCUGAGAAAAAUGCUGUUUGAUCCAGAGACCGGCCAGUAUGUGGAAGUGCUCAUCCCACAGCAAGCAAUGUCACAUUCAGGCCUGUAUCCUCCUUCUGCAGCCCCUUACCCACCCCUCCCUAACCCCAGCAUGUACGCCCCUGCUCCACAAUACAUGCCCUAUGCAGCUCCUGCUCCCCCAGCCCACCCCCACCCCCAGGCCCAGCCCCAGCCACCUCGAUACCCUGAAGCAUCUGCAGCAGCAACAAUGCACCCAAGCGGCUCUAGGGUCGGCUACAGAAAUCCCUCUGGUCAGGGUUCUAAGCCCGAGCCUCAGAACCAUCCACCAAUGGACCACAGCUACCUGGAGAACAUGUAUUAUGUCCCUACAGGGAUGGAUACAAGCCCCAAUCCCACUCCACCAGACUAUUACCACAAACAUCCCCCCAACUUACCCCCAACAGGGGGGAAAAGGUCCUGAAAUAGAGGGUAGAGGCCGCCUUCCUGGAGCCUGUUAGGUUUAAAAUACACACUGUAUAAAUGAGGUGUCCAAUGUUAGCCUGUAAUGUUUUCACAUUGCAACUGAAGACACCAACUCUUUGGUUGUUUUUUUUUAUUUGCUGCUCUGUGCUAAGCCAGAUAGAUGACUCUUGGGUACUCAAAACAGAAGUAAGAAGGCCUUGGGUUUGAGGUGUUCUUGAAAGUGUUAACUAAAAAUGUUUAUAUAGGAAUUUAUAUAGGAUCAUACU